GUUUUUGUACGGGAUUUUGUACCUAGUGCUCUGGCUUUUCUAAUGAAUGGGGAACCAGAUAUAGUUAAAAAUUUCCUAUUGAAGACACUUCAGCUUCAAGGAUGGGAAAAAACAAUAGACAGAUUCAAGCUUGGGGAAGGGGUAAUGCCAGCUAGUUUCAAAGUUCUUCAUGAUCCUGUUCGUAAAACAGAUACUAUAAUAGCAGAUUUCGGUGAGAGUGCAAUUGGAAGAGUUGCUCCAGUUGACUCCGGAUUCUGGUGGAUAAUUUUGCUCCGUGCGUAUACAAAAUCUACUGGAGAUCUAACUCUUGCUGAUACAGCAGAGUGCCAAAAGGGGAUGAGGCUUAUACUGACCCUGUGUUUGUCGGAGGGAUUUGAUACGUUUCCAACUCUGCUGUGUGCAGAUGGAUGCUCAAUGGUUGAUCGAAGAAUGGCCGCAAAGAUUGGAGGAAGGCCAAUCGUGUCUUCUUUAGUAUUAUCAGCAAAAAUGGAGUGUUCAAUAUGGAUGCGACAUCGAGUAUGGUCAGGUGUGAAGAUUUAA